AUGGUGCCGCUGCUUAAAGACAUAUCGCUAUUGGCGUGUGUGCAGCUGGCGGGAAGAAUCACUGACGUGGGACUUACACCGUAUGCAUUGAUCAAACCAGUGCUAAGACGAAUGAACCUGAAGCAGCUAGCAAUGGUUGAGGCUAACUCGCCUACGGUUACGCCAGAGUCUGAUGAGAUCUGGGGGCUUCUUAUUGAACGGGACUUUCCUGAUAGACCGAUCCAUACGGGUGCUAAACAGGAGUUGCUUGCGCUGUACCAGCGGUACAUGGAAGAGAGAGAUACGUUUAGAGCGUCUUCGGCUCAGAGACUACGAAAGAUGACAGAGAAGCUUCGGAAGGAGAAAUCUAAGAACUCCAUCACGCCAAUCCCUAGCAUUAUCAGGAAUACGCCCAUACGACAACGCAACUACAAUUCAGACCCACUGCCGAAGUUUUCGUCGAAAUCGAUUUUGGGUAAGGCCAUGAAAGAUAUCCAGCUGCGGAAAUUGAUGUUUGGCGGUCAAAGAAAGCCUGCUUAUGAUCCGUAUGCUGUGUUUAAACGGAAACAAGCAAGCCCGCCUCCACAGGCUCCUCGUCUGAGACUGCUACAUCAAAAGGAGCCAGAGCGGUCGGUAAGAGAUCCCAAUGCAGUGGGAGAAGCACUGCUACCGCCAAGACCACCUAGCCAGGCUAGUACCAUGUCGCUGCCUCGGAAACGGCCGGCUCCAGCGGGCAUAUUCGUUCCAAAGAAGAAAAUGCCGCCUAGAGCUCCUAGAAUACCGCCUGAAACCGAGAAGAAACCAAAACCUCCGCCACCGCCACCAAGCUCCCAGUCUCCUUCAAAGCAGAAGGUAAGGCUGUCCAUAUUUCAUUAG